AUACGUGGCCUUCCUGGAGCUGUUCCUGCAGACGGCGGAGAAGCACUUCAUGGUGGGACACAAGGUCUCCUACUAUGUGUUCACCAACCGGCCGGGGGAUGUGCCCCGCGUGCCCGGGGAAGGGAGGCAGGUGGUGGUCCUGGAGGUCUGGAGUUACUCGCGCUGGCAGGACGUGUCCACGCACCGCAUGGAGAUGAUCCGCAACUUCUCCCGGCGGCGCUUCCUCCACGAGGUGGAGUAUCUGGUGUGCGCGGACGUGGACAUGAGGUUCCGCGACCACGUGGGCGUGGAGAUCCUGUCCCCGCUCUUCGGCACCCUGCACCCCGGCUUCUACGGGGCGGCCCGCGAGGCCUUCACCUACGAGCGCCGGCCGCAGUCCCAGGCGCACGUCCCCAGGGACGAGGGCGACUUUUACUACGCGGGAGGCUUUUUCGGGGGGUCGGUGGCCGAGGUUCUGCAGCUCACGUCGGCCUGUCACCAGGCCAUGGUGGUCGACCGGGCCCACGGCAUCGAGGCCGUGUGGCACGACGAGAGCCACCUGAACAGGUACCUGCUCGACCACAAGCCCACCAAGGUGCUGUCCCCCGAGUACCUGUGGGACAAACAACUGCUGGGCUGGCCCGCCGUCGUGAAGAAGCUGAGGUAUGUGACCGUGCCCAAGAGUCACCGGGGCAUCCGGGACUGA